AUGGCGGGGAUGCUGGACGACGCGGCAGUCGUCGAGGUGGCCGACCUGAGCGGCAACUCCCUGCUCUCCGACGCCGGCCUCGUGCCCUUCCUGCAGCGGCUGGCGCGCGGGCCCGCGGUGCACACGCUGCAGCGCCUGCUGCUCUCGAGCUGCCUGCGCGCGGGCGUGCGCACCGUCGAGGGCGUGGUGCGCCUGCUGGGCCGGGCGAGCAACCUGAGCACGCUGGACCUCAGCCACGUGCCGCUGAACACCAGGCUGCAGGUGCAGCUCUGCAAGGCCAUCGGCGGGCACAAGCGCCUCGAGACGAUCAACCUGGCAGACACCGGCAUGGCCUCGACGUACGUGUCGAAGCAGUGCAUCGGCGAGCUGCUGAGCAGCACGAGCCUCAGGAACUUGGACAUGAGUUGGAAUUGUUUCAGCUCGGACACUCUCCUCUGCCUGGGCGAGGCGCUCACGAAGAGCAGCGUCCUGAAGAGCCUGAAGCUCACCAACUGCUCGGCGACGCUGGAGGAGGGCAAGGACACGCCCAUGUCCCUCUUCUUGGAGAGCCUCUCCCGGGAGACGGGCCUCGUGAAGCUCGACGUCGCCAUGAACCGCAUCAAUCAUCAGACGUUCCUGAUCAUCGAGGACGCCCUGGACCACCACCCGAACAUGCAUGAACUCAACGUCUCCAACAACCCCCUGGGCGUCCAUGGCAUCCGCAGUGCUCUGCGGCUCAUGGCGCGAGACGACAACAACAUCACCGCAAUCCAGCUGGAAGGGUGCUUCACGGGCGCGAUGGGCGCGAUGCGGGCGGGCAGCGAGGCGGUGUUCUCCGCGACGAGCCCAGGCGGGCGCUACGUGCUCUUCCUGCACCGCGCCUGCCACAGGUCCCUGCUCCGCAUGCUGUACCGCAUCGCCGACAAGUUCGGCCUCUCGCCAGACGAGGCGUUCAGCGGCGCCUUCUACACCCCCCUGGGCGCCUCUGGUAAGGCCACCGGCAAGCCUGCGCCGUUUAGCCACCCCGCCAAGGAGCCGAACGGCAUGCGCACGGUGCCCGUGUCGGGCAGGCUGGAGCUGGUCCUCAACAUGCAGAGGUGCAUCGAGAAGUCGAUUCACGGUUUGGAGGACGAGGACUGCGACGGUUUCUUGACCCAGUACUUUGACAUAGUUCGCUAUCAGCCCAGCUGGAAGAAGGCGAUACCCAUCUUCGCGAACUGGAAGAUGAUCAAGCAGAGCAUGUUGCAGCAGCAGGUGUUCCUGGACUCCCUCGCCAAGGACUUCUGCCUCACGGUGCCCAGGCUUGCGGCGAUGUGCGCCAGCAACCGCCUCUUCGCGAAGGACAUCGUCUGGAAGUUGAUGCCGUGCCUGCCCUACAACGCGGCCUCGAGGUUCCUGGGGCACAUGACCGUGGCAUCCUUGGGCGACUUCCUGUGGACGCACCAGCGAAUGCAGGCGCUGCUCAACUUCAACGCCGGGAACCCGACGGGCCAUUACAAGCUGAACUUGGAAAAUUGCUGCGACUACGCGGUGGCGGAUCGCCUCACCUUGCUGGACCGCUGGGAGUCGGCCAUCGACAGGCGCGGCAAUUACUUCGACACUUCCAAGUGGGGCAACAAGUCGCACUUCCGCAACGAGCUCCACCGCGGGCAUCCCAUCAUUAAGGACGACAUCGCGUCCAUGGCGGAGUGGACCAUACCCGAGUCGGGCGAGCUGGAGUUCGACUACGCGACCAACCGGCGCCCGAAGACGAGGAAGGCGACCGUGAGCGACAGCCUGUGGGACCACCUGCUGGUCUCGCUGUACGACGCCCACUCCACGCUGGGGGGCCCUGCGCUGCUGGAGGUCGUGCGCCGCAUAUCUCACAACAUUUGCCUGACAUCCAUGCACAUGCGCAAGAUGCUGGGUUACUUCAAGUCCGAGGAGGAGCGCGCGGAGUGUUUUGUGGUCUUCUUCUUCCGGAUCGUCGACGUGUGCAACGCCAAGAUAUUUAGUUGUCGUUUCUCCAAGCAGGAGGAGAUAGUGAAGCUGCAGGAGCGCCUGGGCUACGCGUCAUUCUUUCCCUUCCUGCAGCCAGAGAACAUGAACUUCAAAUUGGACUUCUCCCAGAACGAUCAACGGGUGUGCGCAAACCUGCUGGUCAGCCUGGCGUUCAAGGAGAAGCCGGAGAACCUGCGGGAGCCCCUGUUCUACCAGCCGGAUGGAGCAGUCGAUCCAAUCAUCCAGAAGCAAGGAGUGCCAGCAAGCUGGCAGUUCUUGGACAAGAUGCCGAAAGCUGGAAGGUUCGAGUGCCACUACGUUUGUGCUCCAGAGGAUCGCAAGUACGAGCCUCGACGGAAGAACGCGGAGACCUAUGGCCACUACACGGUCGUCACCGCCGAGAAGGACGUGCAGUGGUGGACGGGCCUGCUGGAGGUGCCGGAGGAUGUCUUGAGACUGAUGGAGUUCAUCAUGUCUCACUUCAAGAACGUCGAGGAGGUCUUCACGAAACUUGACGGUGUCGACGGCAACGGCGAGAUCAACUUCCAGGAGAUGCUAGAUGGUCUCCGCAAAAUCAAGUUCCGCAAGUUCGAGGGCAAGGACGAGCGCGAUCGCGUCAUGUCGGUGUUCCGGUACCUGGACCCGGGCGGCGAGGGCAGCAUCUCCCAAAAGGAGUGGGGCAUCCUCGGCCAGCUGUGGAGGGAGUUCGACCUCACGGUCAGAGAGUUUGUGCAGUUCAUGGUGAUCGCUUUCGGCGAGGACCUGGAGCAGACCUGGGACAUCCUUGAUCCCCUCGGGUCGGGGACGCUCAACCUCGAGCAGUGGAUGUCCGCCGUGGAGGACAUCGGCUUCUUCGGUCCAGCUGAAAUCAUCUAUGCGCUCUUGGACAGCUCAGACGAUGGCGACAUUUCCUACGAGGAGUUUUCAAAGCUGUGGAGCUACAUGCCCGACAGUACCAAGAACGGCUCCAGCAGCAGCGACGAGGACGAGAACUGA